AGGUUCCAAUGCAAAGAUAUCUAUUUUACAACUAUAUUAUCCUUCACUCCAUUACAUUGCUAAACUUACAACUGGACAGACGUGAAUACUCUGUGAUGUCUAUUAUAAUUAUAUAAUUUGUUAUUGUCUUAUAGUUGGUGUAUCCUCAACGUUUUAAAUUAUGAAUAUGUCUAUUCAAAUGCAAAUUCUGUUUCUAUUUUCAAUUAUAAGCGUUGUUAUGGCUGGAGACAUGAUGCGAAAAUCAAUUGUUUAUGACAAAAAAACUCCUAAUGUGUUUUAUUGUCCAUUAAAUAAGCCUACUGGUUUUGAUAAGUUGCUAGUUCACUCAAGACCGCUAAAAAAAUUAUGCGAAUUUGAUGGAAAACCUUUGCCUGAAGAUUAUAAAUCCGAUUGUUUCCAAGAUGUUGAUGAAACAGAGUAUGCUUGCAAAGAAAAAUACAGAAUUAUGAGGAGAUUGACGAAGAAACAAUCAGAUAUUUUAUUCGGGAAUAACGAAUAAAAUUAAAAAUUCUAACAAAAUAUAACGUAAAGAGAUGCGUCUUCAUCCACCAGGUUCAGAUGACAAAAAAAGUAGUACCAAAUGGGAAAAAGCUUAUAAAAAAGUCGUUAAAAAACGUAAAAGACAGCCCUAAUAAGAAUUUAAAAUAUUUCAUUACAAGACCUUCAUAAUCACUCGAAGCAUGAUUUUAAAAUUUUUCAAAAACGUAACUAUCAAAAGCCCAUAAUUUAUUCUUAUUUAAUAGUUAAUUGAAAGUACAAUAAUUUAUUAUACAGAUAAAUAUUUUUAAAACUAUUUUAGUUAAAUUUAAAUUUAUGUGUAAAGUUAAUAAAAUAUAUUCACUAAUAAAUAUAAUUAUAGUAAAAAUA